UUCUUCACCUCCGCCAUCAGCUUAUAUCACUCCCAUGACCGAGCGCCUCGCCUCGCCGGCUUUCACCGCUGACAACCCGCUUCCGUUACCUCCUGCUUUUCUUCUCUUUCUUUCUUUUCUUUUCGAUUCCAUUCCUUUCCAAUUCUUCGCAUUCACUCUUCGUUUUUCGCCUCUUUUUCCACUGCGAUUCCGCACAUUCUUUCUUCCUUACUUCUCGCAGCGACCGCAAGGAGGGAAAAAUCUCGAGAUAGGAAGUUUGAUUACUGCUCCUGGAGGAACCUACCAGUGGAGGAGGACGGGUUCGUCGAAGAGUAGAAUGGGAUUUCGUAGAAUGGUUACUACCGUUCCGGUAGUCUCCGACGAGGGAACUGCAGGGAAUUUGCGCGCAUCUCGCCUUCGACUGCAGAAAAAGACCCCGAACCCUUCCCCUUCCCCUCGCAGCAGGGAUCCCUCAAUCUCAUCCAGGCCGCCGCUAUCUUCCUGCGAGAAGGGCAAUGCUGCCGCCCCCAAGAUUCCCCGCGGCAAGGAUAUCAACUCCCGCUAUCUGGUAACCUCCUCCCCGUCCUCUUUUUCCGCUUCCGAUUUUAAAGGUGGCUCGUUGUCAUCGGCUUCCACGACUUCCUCAUCGAAAGGCGCCUCUUUUACUUCUUCCUCUUGUUCCGCGUCGAUCGCGUCCUCUUCGUCUUCUUCUACUUCUACGGCUACUUCUUCUCGACGGAGUUUUUGUUCGAAUGUCCCUGCUUCCCGGCCCUCCUCCCCGAUGGCAAUGCCCCCGACUUCCUUGUCUAACAGAUCCAAAUCCGUGGACCGGAAUCGACCCACUGAGACCUCCACGAGAUGUAUCGCUCGAGAAUCUGCUGAGCUCUCCACCGCCGCUGCAAGAGCCCUCCGUACUACCACUCGGAGUCUAUCUGUUUCCUUCCAAGGCGAGUCCUUCCCCUACCCGACCAGCAAGGCUAGACUCGUCUCCCCUUCUCCCAUCAGGAAGCCCACACCAGAACGACGAACGUCUAUCGCUCCCUCUUUUAAGUCAGAAAGCUUCGGACCUUCAGAAAAUCACCAUCGUUGGGACGCUGCAAGGACUCAACAGUACAUUUCGUUGACAAGGAGCUUGAAUUGCUCUGUCCCUGAUAAUGACUCGGUAUUGGCAACUAUUAGAUCACUGAGGCAGUCCAUGGUGCUCGAUGAGGGUGCAAGGAGGGCCUCCUUUGACGGCGGUGAUUUUUCUCUGCCAUUUCACACCGAUAUCUUGUCUUCUGGUGGCAAUUCUGAGCCGUUUGAGCUCAAUGCUCGAUCACCAAGGAUAGCAGCGACAACCUGUGGGAGAGAUGUUCCUGCAAGAUUUUUAUUAGAGGAAGGUAAAUUGAAGCCAUCACCUGGAGGGAAGUGCAAAACCUCUUCGAAGCCUCCUGUUUCUUCGAUAAAUGGUUUGCUGCCAUCUCCUUUGAUUUCUUCUUCUCCACGACCUUGCUCUUUUGGUCCCUCUUAUCUGAGUAAGCUGGCAGUUCCAUUUUCUUGCAAUGCUGCAUCAAUGUUUGGCAUGGGUGCUGACAUCAAGAGAGGGAAGUAUGUGGAAAGGCAGUUGGAGGAUGCACACCGGUUGAGGCUACUCAAUAACCGACACUUGCGGUUAAUGCACAAGUGAAGGAUACCUUUCUUAUGCAAAAAUUGACCGCUGAGAAACGCCUUUAUGGUGCAUGGAUAACUAUCGCAAAAAUGCACAAGUCUUUAGCAGUUAAUAAAUUACAACUACAGACUAAAAAACAAUAUCUGAAAUUCAGUUCCAUUCUCAAGGGUCAAAUGAUCUAUCUAGUAAAAUGGUCACUUGUAGAUCAAGAACAUGCAAAUGUUGUCUGGUUCUAUUGAAGCAUUAAAGACCAGUACCAUCUGCCUUCCAGUUGUUAAUGGAGCAAAGGCAGAUUUUCAUGAAGUGGGAAACGCCUUCGGUUCAGCAGUUGAUGUGAUGCAAGCAAUGGGAGCUUCAAUCUGUUGUGUGUUGCCUAAGGUAGAAGGAAGAAGUUCCAUGGUCUCUGAACUAUCUGAACUUGCUGUGAAAGAACCUGCAGUCACAGUAAUGCAUAUGAGUAUAUAAAACCUGUCAAUGGUUGUUGAUAGGCAUCCUGCUCGCUCGUUCAUACUGAGAAUUAUUUCGAAUCAGGUGAAACAAUGUAGCUUGCUAGGUCACAUAGCACAGCUCAGCAGACCAAGCCUGAUUCAACUAUAGACAGAAAAAUUGAGUGCGUCUAACUACUAACACAAUCUCUGCCUUCAAUUCCAAACUGAAAAACUCUAUAGAAGCUGACAGAUGCGGAAGUUUGGUGAGUUUGAUCGAGUGCUCGACCUACCAUGAAUGUGUUUUGAUUUAACAAUAGAUUUUGUUUCGUUUCAAAUUUUCUAAUCCCACUGUGGUCCUUCUCUGUUUAAGCUGAUGCAUAUAUGAACUAAGAUUCCUGUAAUUGUGGUUGUUGAUAUGCAGUAAAAAAUUGGCAUGUGAUCUCUCAA